GCUAGCGCGAGGGCGGCACUGGCAGGAUGCGCUACUGCUGCUGGGCUCAGUGCCGGACCCGGUCCCGAAGCUGCAGGCGGCCGCCCUCGACGCGUGCGCCAAGGCGCUGGAGCUCGGGCAGGCGCAGCAGCUGUUCGACCAGAUGAAGGAGAAGACCGUGCCCGCGUUCAACAUCAUGAUCAACCUCCACGGGCGCCUGAAGAAGGUGCACGUGGCAGAGGAGCUGCUGCUCCGCAUGCGCGAGGGGCAGCUCAAACCCACCGCC